CCCCACCCGCGUCCCGCUGAACGGCGCAGGACCGAGAUCUACUGCAGCCGACUGACUCAGAGACAUGUACCAGGUGCAGCGUGCGAGCACCAGAGAUUAGACUGAUCCAGAUGAGUCUGCUUUCUCCAGCUGUGAACGAUACCCCAGGAACGCCGUUCUCAUGUUAGUGGGGAAAGGGGAAAGGGUCGUUGCCAUGGUGCUGAAGGAGCUUCCUGGUAAAAAGGCAUCCUCUGAAGGAAACCCCCUCCUCACCGUGACAACCAAGCUGGUCGGGGAGCAGCAGGAGAGUCGGCCCCUGCUGAGUCCCUCCAUCGAUGACUUCCUGUUGGAGAGCCGGAGCGACGCCCCCUCCGCCCGACCCCUCACCUCCAACACAGCAGUUCUGUCCACAGCUCUGGACCUGGUGGACCUCAGCGAGCCGGGUGAGAGCAGUGGGGGCAGCAGUGGGGGGAGUAAUGGUGGUAGUAGUGGCAGCAGUAGUGUCGGUGGCGGUGGCAGUAAAAAUUACCAGAGGAGGAGUCCUCUGAGGAGGAAGGGCGGCUCGAGGAGUCCUCGACGCCGAGCGAGGCCUGAGGAGACGGAGCUGAUCCAGGUGGAGGUAGAGCACCUGCCUGGCAGUCCCAGAACACCUGAGAGGAUCUCACUGGACUCAGUCAGUCUGUCGUCUCCUCUGGACAAAUGGGACGAGAUGAACCAGGACGUGGAGGACAGAGGACGCAGGAGGAGAUAUGUGAAGAGAUGCACCUCCCACCACUCCUCCAGUGAACUGCUGUGGUCUGCAGAGUUUAAAACUGAUCCACUAACAAAGAACUCCUUCGACAUCCACAGCUUCGAUGAUCUCGACUUCAUAUCUUCAACGCAGGACUGUGGGGCAUCCAGACAGCGCAGACGGACUCGGUCCCUGCUGGCCAGAAAAGAGUCUCUGGAGGAUGAGUUUGUAAGAGCGAAGGCUGCUGUGGAGUCGGACACAGAAUUCUGGGAUAAGAUGCAGGCGGAGUGGGAGGAACUGGCUCGGAGAAACUGGCUGGAGGAGUCUGAAGGUCAGCGGCCAGUCCAGCCCCCCCUCUCACCUGUGGAGAAGGGUUACUACUUCAACACCACCAACCCAUACAGAGACUGGCCCAGUGCCUUCGCCGAGGGUCAGGAGAAAGCUCGGGAAGGAGACCUGAAUGCUGCCGUCCUGCUGCUGGAGGCCGCCAUCUUACAGGACCCGCAGGACUAUGAGGCCUGGCAGGUUCUGGGAAUGACUCAGGCUGAGAACGAGAAUGAACAGGCCGCCAUCGCGUCACUGCAGAGGUGUCUGGAGCUCCACCCCAACAACCUGCCGGCACUCAUGGCGCUCGCCGUCAGCUUCACCAACAGCGGCAUGCAGCGGGAGGCCUGUGACGCCCUGCGCCGCUGGAUCAGCCACAACCCCCGAUACAAACACCUGGUCCUUGACCACAGGAGCCCACUACAGGGCUCCCCAGCCACGCCACGCAGGGGCCCCCACAAUUCGACACCGGCCAGGUCUGAGCUGCAGGGUGUGCUGCUUCUCUUCCAGGAUGCAGCUCUGUUGAAUCUGGACUGUGUGGAUCCAGACCUACAGACCGGACUGGGAGUCCUCUUCAACCUCAGCUCAGACUUCAACAAAGCGGUGGAGGCUUUUACUGCAGCGCUGUCCGUCAGACCACAGGACUACCUGCUGUGGAACCGUCUGGGAGCGACGCUGGCGAACGGAAACCGCAGCGAGGAGGCGGUGGAGGCGUACACCAGAGCGCUGGAGCUGCAGCCCGGAUUCAUCCGGUCCAGAUACAACCUGGGAAUCACCUGCAUCAACCUGGGAGCUCACAGGGAGGCGGUCAGUAACUUCCUGACAGCUCUGAACCAGCAGAGGCGGAGUCAGCGCUGCAGCCACCAGCAGAUGUCGGCCAACAUCUGGGCCGCCCUGCGUAUCGCCAUCUCCAUGAUGGACCGUCCCGAGCUGUUCCGGGCCGCCAACGUCGGGGACCUGGACCUGCUGAUGAGGGCCUUCGAUGUGGGCGACGUCUGACGGAGGAUGGGGUCUCCCGGUCAGACUGAAGGUCGUCUGACGGAGACAGGGAGGAGGAAAUGUGAGCGUUGUCUCCCAGAAACAGCGGACAACAGGUGGAGACAGUUUGGUUUGAAACCAAAGGGACGACGUCCUCAGAUGGCAGGAAAAUCCUUCGCAAUACAACAGCACAACCCUUUAGCUUCCUGUAAGAGCACUGUUUAAACCUGCGUAGUCUCAGCGCUGAGGACGAGGUCGGUGAAGCUUCGCUCGUUCGGGGCGUCUCCGCUCCUUAAAAAGUCCCAACACCUUUUGAAUUCACUUUUAAAAGUCAGGCCACGAAACCGUGUUAAGCACAAGUUUAAAAAGUUUUUGUUUACAGAGGAACUCAACAGCACCUGAAACCACACCCAGCUGUGAUGUCACAGUGCACCGACACACCCUGGAGUGCACAUCUACAUCACUACAAACCACUGGACGUCAGCAGAGUUGAGGGGCUGUUAAGUUGCUCUUUGAACAAAGCGUUUAUUUUCUCUCGUCCACGUCUGAUUAAUGUUUGGUCGGGUUCUAGUUUGAAGCCUCUGUUUUCUGCGUUAAUUUGCCGUUAACACAAGCUCAACACUUCCUCCGUUACCUGUUGUCAACAGGUAAAUAAAAGCGUAUCAGGUUUUCACAGAGUGCUGACGAUGACGUGACGUUUUGUGGAAACUGACCUGACCAUGUGACACAUCAUCAUACAGGUGAAUACACCUCCCCCGAAGCGUUCGAACAGGCCUGGGCUGUUACCCAACACCCGCUUUAGUUUGAGGAUCUAUGGUAAAUUGUCAUCACGUCAUUUCAACCCAUUUUCUCUUGUUUUUAAAAGAUUUGCUUGAUUUUUGAGUUUUGUUUACCUGUAAAGCUGAUGAACCUGCUGCUUCUCUUCACACUGACCUCUACCAUUCUGACUGACACUCACCUGUUCACUCUGACCUGCGGACACCUUGUGGUAACUCGCUUUAUAUGAAAGACUCAUGAAACUCGAUUGAGCUUUUGAGCAAGAAAGAGCUUCUGAUCUGAACGACAACAGAAUCCGACGUUAAAGAGGACUUCGCCGUCACCGUUCGCAAAGCUUUAACACCUGACUGUUACACGUUUUACUAUAACUACACAAACAACACAACAAAAGGCACCUUUGACUCACCUGACAGGUGUCGGCCCAUCAUCCGAAACACCGAGCAAAAGGAAGGAAGUGACUUGAGAAAUAAAAAACACCCGGUGGACUUUGAAGACUGGAUGAAAUUGUUUUAUUGACAGAAGGUUUUUAAAAAUGAAUCUCCUCCCCGGGAUGAGGAUUAUUAUCAGAGCCGAGAAUCAUUUGAAAUGUUUGGUGACAGAGUCACCAAA